AUGCACGACCCCGUCGCCUCAGCAAAAGCCCAAGAAGCAACCCACCAAUACACCUUCCGCCCCGCAACCCCCGCCGACAUACCCUCCCUGCAAUCCAUGAUUGCAUCCUCCCUCCGCAGCCUGGGAAAAGGGUACUAUACAGACGCCGAGCUCGACGGCUCAAUAGGCUACCUCUUCGGUCCAGAUUCCGUUCUCAUCAAAGACCAGUACGUAUAA